GUACAACUUCCCUAUUCUCUAUUUAUUUCACUAGCUAUAUCCUCCUUUAAACAAUUGGUGAUACACAGCUUUUCUCUAAUUCAAUUAAGAAUGUUUAUUCAUAUGGCAUGACGGUAUUCAAUGUUUUUUAUCAUAGGGCAAAACCAGUUGUUGUAACACUGGGACAGUUUUGCAACUACCCAAGGAAUCGAACUUGAUAAACUUCUCCGCAUUGGUAACUACCCAGUUAUUCUCGCCAAACGACUUGGUAUAUAUAACAACAUUUCAAGGUAUCUCUUUGACCACACGGUAUGACGCAUCAAUUCAAAUCAAUCCAAUAGGUGCCCGGGCUGCCCUCUUAAAAGAAUGGAUAGGAGGAGUGCAAAUACAGAAAUCAUCCAGCAACUACUACUCCAAAAUGCUCAUGCUGAUUCUUUAAUUGCACUAGCACAACCACUUAAUCAAGCAACUGUAGCCAUUUCAGAAGCAAUGAAUUGUUAUGAUGAGGAUCUCAACCUUAAGAAUGUGAUCUUUGAAGUGGAACACCAGGAAGUUUAUGAAGAAAUAAAUGGUCAGAACGUCCAAAACUGGAAAUAUUGGUCAAGAAUCAGAACCAUGACUUCCAUAAGAGCGAAACUCAGAAAUCUCAAUAAGGUAGCUACUUAGAGCAUCUCCAAUGCUACAAUGUGCACAUUGCACAUAUGGCAUGAGAGAGAUAGACACAAAAUAUUGAUUUUAAGACGUUCCUCUCUCAUUCUUUUCACGGUCAUAUGUGUUUUUGGUAAGUUUGUGUCUGCAAUGUCAAUCACAAUGUCUACAUCUAGACAUUGUGUUUGACAUUGUGAAGGAAAACUUUCCAAAAUGAUGUAAGACCCUUUGAAUAAGGAGAGAGAUGUUUUAUUUGUUAUUUUUUAAUUGGUUAUUUCUCAUGCCACAUAUGCACUGUUAACAUUUUAGCAUUGAAGAUGCUCUUAGGAAGCUCCUGUACAACCCUUCAAGCUUCUCAAAACAUUUUCCUGAAAUUUAUUGAUGCAUUAGCGUGUUUAUUUAACCAUUAGUGAUCACGCAAAAAAGGGAGCACCCACAUAUGGGUUAAUAUCACCGGACCACUACCGUUGUUGGAAGUGAACUUUAAUGGAUUCAUUUCUCUUGAACUCCAUGUUUUUCUAUCAUUUUCUAUCCGUUGAGUUUUUACAAUACUGAUAACAAUAAUAGGGUUUGGGAAUUCAUUAUUGUAAAAAGAAUAACACAACUACUGGAAUUGUUAGUCAGAAUAGACUUUUAAUAACUGGUUGUUAGUUGUUACUUUGACACACUUGGAUGUUAGUUUGUGUCCCAUCUAACCC